AUGAUCCAACUCCUGGCCCCGGCAAGGGACGGCCUAGACAAAGACAAGUAUUGCGAUUAUCAUAGAAACCGGGGUCACGACACCGAUGAAUGCCAUGUCUUGAAGGGAUUGAUUGGAGAUCUUUUGCGCUCGGGAGAACUGGCGCAGUUUGCUGCCGAGAAAAAGAAGAGCCGACGCCGAGGUUGGAAGAAAUAUUUCAAAAAGUUUGACAAAGAAAAGAAGGACAAGGGGCCCGAGCCCGACCAUGAUCCUCCCGCCACUGGAUCAAAACAGAUUAUCCAUGUCAUCUUCGGCGGACCAGAGGGAGGGGAAGAUCCCGACCAGCGUCGGGCUUGGUCGAGGAACCUGCCCGUGUGCUCGAUCAACACCGAUCAACCGGAGAAGAGAAUGAAGGAGGAGCCUAUAACUUUCACCGAUCGAGACCUCCCUCUCGGAGGAGACCAGUCGGCCGAAGCUUUGGUCGUCACUAUCGACAUUUGUUGUGCCGAGGUUCGAAGAGUGAUGGUGGACACGGGGAGCAGUGUUAACGUCUUGUACUUGGAGGCGUUCCGAAACUUGAAAGUGGAUAGUUCUACUCUAAAGCCGGUCCGAACGCCGCUCUCAGGCUUCACUGGCGAUCUGAUUCACCCGGAGGGAACGGUCGUGCUCCCUGUGGAGGUCGGGAUUUACCCGCAGGUCUUGAAGGUGGCGAUGGAAUUCAUCGUCGUAAACCUGGAAUGUGUGCACAACGUCAUCUUGGGCCGACCGGGAAUAGCCCAGAUGAAGGCGAUUAUCUCCAUGCCUCAUUUGUAUAUGAAGUUCCCGACCCCGGAAGGCGUUGGUAUAGUGCGGGGAGACCCGCGAUCGGCAAGGUUGUGCUAUGUUCGGGCGGUAGAGAAACAAGCGGCGAGUACGUCUUGCGUGAACACCAUUGCCCGACGGAAAGAUGAAGAGAAGAAAGAACAACCUGGGCCGUCCGAGCCGGAAAAGAAGUCCCCUUGGAUUUGA